AUGAACCUUAAGAAAUUUGACCGUUUCCUUGCCAUGAUAAAUCCUGGAGAUGACAAACUCCCUCAACUCAAAAACACCAACAACAUUCAAGAUAUUCCAGGCGCCCAGCCCGACGCUUACGGCAAACUCAGAAAGAUCCGUGGACGUGACUACAACAACGUGUCAGACAUUGUGGGAGCAAAGCCAAAGCACAAGGAGAGGCCUCCGCUUUAUAACAAAGAACAAUAUUCAUUUCAGACUAAAGAUGUCAAUAGUCAGGGCAAGUAAGGUCAUUGUCAAAGACACUAAUCCGCUUGAUCCUCGCUAUAUCCUCUCUACAAAAUCAGGUAGAAAGCAAAUAAUCGGUGAUAUUGAAAAUUCUCAUCCAAAAUAAAUACAGAGGAAGACCACUUGGAGUUGAUACAAAAAGAUCAUUAAGAACGGAUGACAUCAUAGGAGCUCAACCAUUCUACAAGAAAAAUGUAAUCCCAUUCUUUAGAGAAAAGCAAACUCCUCAAAAUAUGCAUAAUAAUCAAACGAUCAGCAAAGAGAUAUAAAUAAUUUACCAAAAACUUCCAAAUCGGUGAGAAAAACAAAGCGUCAGAUAUCCCCUUACGAAGAACGCUCUAAAAAUGAAAUGAGCAAAGUAAGCUCAUACGAAGACUUGAACAAUGCAAACAAGAGUCGGAGGAUCAAUAUUCUCCCUACAUCUCGAAGAAAUGUGUCUAAUACAAUUGAAAUUCCAAGUAGUAAGCAUUACUCUCGUGUUGACCAGAUAUACCCCAAAACUACUAAAGCAAACAAUUAUUCACAAAUUAUCGUCGAUAAGCCAACAGAAGAUAAAGCCUUAAUGAGCGAAUUUAAAAACUUUGUCCAAUCUGGGAGUCCGAAAUACUCCAAAGAUUCCGAGUCAAGAAGGUAUUUUAAACCCAAUCAUGCUCCUACAUCAAGAAACAAAUUUGAAAAAGACAUAUCUAAAGCAUUUAAGAACAUUCAGAAACCUCUAGACAAACAAAUUAACAGUUCGAUUAGCAAGAACAAGUCAGUUAUUAUUCCUGAAAAGCCGAUCAAAUUUAAGAAAACUUCAACCAAGUUAAACUUUUUACUUAAAGAGAGGGCACCAUCCAAACCAAUAGACCAAGUCCAAUUCUCCCUAAUUGAUACUAGCUUUGGGUCAGCCCAUGAUCCAUUCCCAAGGUCAAAGAGAAAGAUCCUUGACAAAUCAUCAGGAGUCUACGGAAACUUCGCGGUAAUGGAUACUUUGGACGAGAACCUUGCUCUUCUUGAGAAAAAUAAAAACAAGAGUAUUAUUUAUUAACUCAUUUUUCAAUA